CGGACCUGCACCUGCGCUUCCGUUCGCAGACCACUUGUGGCAGUCAUACACCAUGGACUUCGACGCGAUAUUAGAAGACGUAGGGACGUUCGGGAAGUACCAGAAGCUGGUGAUCUACUGCGUGCUACUGCCGGCGGUCAUCCCGUGCGGAUUCCACGCGUACGCCCAACUCUUUAUGGCAGCAGACGUGGUACACUGGUGCAGGGUGCCGGAGCUGGAGCAUCUAGAUGAUAUGGAGGUCCUCAAGAAUAUUAGUAUACCAGUGGAAUUGAAGAACGGUAUCCCGCAGUACUCAUCAUGCAGUAUGUACGACCUCAACUAUAGCUACAUCGCAGCCAACUACCCCGACAUAGAUGUAAUGAAUAACUCGGCAGUGAUACCUUGCGCACACGGAUGGACCUACGAUAAAAGCGUCUACACGAAUACUGUCGCCACUGAGUUCAACUUAGUGUGCAACAAAGAUUUCUACCCGACUCUCGGGCUGGUGCUCCUGGCGGUUGGUGGCAUCAUUGGGAAUUACAUCUUCGGCUACCUUCAAGACACCAUCGGGAGGAAGCCAUCUUUCUUCAUCUACCUUCUCAUUGAGAGCAUCUUCGGCGUUGCCACUGCGUUUGCGCAGAACUUUCCUGUUUGGAUAAUCUAUAGGAUCGGCGUUGGGUUUACUGUUCCUGCUAUUAUGGCAACACCUUAUGUUUUGGCUAUCGAGCUAGUGGGUCCCAAGUGCCGUACCCUUUGCACCAUCCUAUCUAACAUCGCGUACUCCUUGGGGCUGAUCCUCCUCGCUGGUAUGGUCUACUUGGUAAGAGACUGGCGCCAUUUAGCGUUGGCCACCACUCUCCCGUUCGUCUGCUUUUUCUUUUACAUCUGGCCGAUGCCGGAGAGUCCAAGAUGGCUGCUUGCAAGAGGACAAUUUGAGAAGGCGGAGAUUAUAUUGAAGAAAAUGGCCAGAACGAACGGCAAAUCAUUACCAGCUAACUACAUGGUACAUUUACGUCGUAAAUACGAGUCGGAUAAAUUAAAACAAGAUCUGGAGAAAGAGAAAUCAAGGAAGUACGGCAUCUUGGAUUUGUUCCGUACCCCCAAUCUGAGGAAGAAGACUAUUAUAAUUACCUUUAUUUGGUUUACUAACACAAGUGUAUAUGUUGGUCUAUCGUACUACGCCCCGGUAUUGGGUGGAGAUGAGUUCUUGAACUUCUUUUUGGCGGGAAUCGUGGAGCUUCCCACGUAUCUCUUCCUCUGGCCAUCAAUGGAGAGACUCGGAAGAAGGUGGACGUUAUGCAUGAGCAUGGUUGUCGGUGGUGUGGCGUGCUUGACUACGUUUCUGACGUACGUGACCUUAGCUCUAUACUGCGUGGGAAAGAUGGGCAUAUCAUCGUCGUUCGUGGUGUUGCCGCUGAUGGCCUCUGAGCUGUACCCUACAGUGGUACGCGGCCUCGGCAUGAGCCUCAGUUCUGUACUCGGCAUGUUAGGACCUAUCUUUAUACCGCUCGUCAACUAUUUGGGCUCCGACAUACUGGUACUUCCUCUAAUCAUCAUGGGGGCACUUCUUGUCGCCGGUGGCAUCGCCAGUCUGUUACUACCAGAGACUCUUAACCAACACUUACCUCAGACCCUGGAGGAUGGUGAGAAGAUGGGACUGGACACAGACUUCUGCUGUAUACCACCAGUCAAAGAAGUAAAGCCGAAGAAAAAUAAGAUAGAUAACUGCAACAAAUGCAACACAUUUUGCACUUGUCAGGUAGUCAACGUGGCUUUGUCAGAAAAUGUCGCUGCUGUUAUAGACAAGUCUGGUGAAAAUGUUGAGUUUAUUUUAGUUAAGUAGUACACUUUAUGAAAUAUUUUAAGACGAGCAACGAUUAUGUAAAAUAGUUUAGGAAUAAAUUUUGUAGACUUGAACUAUCGAAUUUUGCCGUAGUUCAUAUUUCAAUUUCAACAGUUUUUUUGAAAUGUCUGUGGUGGGUAC